GCCGUCAUUGGACUGAGUAGAAGUACUAUUAUUACCACAUCAGUACUCAACAUUACGAGAAAAAGCUUUUGAGGAGGAUGUCACAGAUUCCAGUCCAUUCGAAGGAGAUGACCUUUGUUUAUACAGGUGUUUGAAUACCUGGAGAGGCUCGUUCAUAGCUUUUAUGAAAAAGUCUACGGUAUUACAUUUCGAGAAGUCGGGGAGAAAAUACUUUUCACCGGCCACUGGACGGAGACAUAUCAGUGACUAGACGAGGGUGACCAAGAGCUUUCCUAUGGUGGCCAGCCAACAGCUGGCCAUGGGCAACGGUUCAAUCAAAGCCCCACGGCCAGAGGACAGCUUCCUGGCCUCCAGCCUCAAGGUGUGUGACACGGAGCCCUUGAGGCUCAGGAUAGCCCACCUGGAAGAAGAGCUGGCCCAGAGGGACCAGGAGUUAAAAUCCCAGGAGCUGCAGCUGCAGAGCCUGCAGAGAGAGCUGGAGGCUAAAGUCUCCCAGAUAGAAAAGCUUCAGGAUGCCAUCGGCUACAACAGCCUAGGCCGCUCCCCUCUGACUCCCAACUGCCACCGCCUGCUCAGUGUCAUCAACCAGGGUCCCACCCGCUUCCACAGAGUGGCUGUGGAGGUCCACCGUAGGCUCAAGGCCAAGGAGGGCGUGUCGGCCGAGCCCACCUCAGGGCACUUCUGUGGGGGUUUCAGAGCCCACCAUGUGUCCAUAGAGAGGGCACGUGUUCGCAAGGACUCCAGCACCAAGAAGCUGAUCAAUGAUGCCAUCAUGAACAAUGACUUCCUGAAGAAGUUGGAUCCACAGCACAUGAGGGAGAUGGUGGACUGCAUGUAUGAAAGGAUCUACACUGAGGGCCAACUGGUCAUCCAGGAGGGAGAACCAGGGAACUACCUCUAUGUGCUGGCAGAUGGCCUGCUAGAGGUCAUGCAGAACGGCAAAUUGCUCGGAGAGAUGCGUCCCAGGACCGCCUUUGGAGAGUUGGCUAUAUUGUACAACUGUAAGAGAACUGCAACAGUGAAAGCUGUAUCCCAGGCUCAUAUCUGGGCUCUGGACCGCCAGACCUUCCAGAGUAUUAUGAUGAAAUCUACACAGGCUACGCAAGAAGAGUACUUCAGCUUCCUACGCAGUGUAUCUCUGCUGAGAGACCUGCCAGAAGAGAAGCUUGCCAAAAUCGUUGACUGUCUGGAAAUUGACUAUUUUGAUAAAGGAGAGUAUAUCAUUCGGGAGGGCGAGGAAGGGAACACUUUCUUCAUUAUAGCUAAAGGAGAGGUGUGUGUCACCCAGACCACAGAGGGCUGUACUGAGCCUCAGGAGAUAAAGACUCUGGGUGUGGGCGACUACUUUGGAGAAAAAGCGCUCAUAAGUGAGGAUGUGCGUUCAGCAAACAUAAUCUCCACUGAGAAUGACACACAGUGCUUGGUGGUGGACAGAGACAACUUCAACCAGAUGGUGGGCACUUAUGAGGAACUGCAGGCAUACCUGAAGGAAUACGUUGAAGAGCUCUCCCGAUGCGACGAGAGAAGAAAUGCACUACCCCUUUCCCCCCUUAUCGACUCGUCCCCAGAGGCCCAGGAGGUGUGUCGGCUCAGGGAGAGGAUCGCCGUCAUCCCAACCCAUGACCCCUUCCAGGACUUGGAGGUCAUAGCAACACUGGGCAUGGGCGGCUUCGGCCGAGUAGAGCUGGUGAAACUGAGAGAUGAAGACACCACAUUUGCUCUGAAGUGUAUUAAAAAGAAGCACAUUGUGGACACAAGACAACAGGAGCACAUCUACUCUGAGAAGAACAUCCUUCAGCAGACCAACUCACACUUCAUAGUCAGGUUGUUUCGGACAUUCCGAGAUGACAAAUAUGUGUACAUGCUACUGGAGGUCUGCCUGGGUGGGGAGCUGUGGAGUGUACUACGGGACAUGAGUUCCUUUGAGGAGCAGACAGCCCGCUUCUGCAUUGCCUGUGUCCUGGAAGCCUUUGACUACCUCCACGCCAGAGGAAUCAUCUACAGAGACCUGAAACCUGAGAACCUACUACUGGAUGCAGAAGGCUAUGUCAAAAUGGCAGACUUUGGUUUUGCUAAGAGGAUAGGCCUGGGGAAGAAGACAUGGACGUUCUGUGGGACCCCAGAGUAUGUGGCUCCAGAGGUCAUCAUGAACAAGGGCCAUGACUUUGGAGCUGACUGUUGGUCUCUGGGGAUCCUCAUCUUUGAGCUACUGACUGGCAGUCCACCCUUUUCCGGAACCGACCCCAUUAAGAUCUACACCAUGGUCCUCCAUGGGAUUGAAAAGGUUGACUUCCCCAAGAGGAUCAGCAAGCGCCCCGAUGACCUUAUCAGGAGACUCUGCAAGCUUAACCCUGUGGACAGGCUUGGUAAUAAGAAGAACGGCAUCAUCGACAUUAAGAAACACAAGUGGUUCCAGGGCUUUAACUGGGAGGGGCUGAGACGCCAGAAGCUCAUAUCGCCACUGAAGAGAGAGCUGAAGGGGCCGAUGGACCACAGCCACUUUGACAUCUUUCCCCCAGAGCUGGAGGAGACACCAGACGAACUGUCAGGCUGGGACAAGGACUUCUGAGGUGCCCCUGGAGCCUCUACACCCUAAAGCUUUGUGUCCAUAUAGGUGGUGUAACUCUACUACCUGACGCUAGUGUUCCGCUAGUGCAGUGAACUGUGCUAUCUGCCUUAAAAACAAUCAACUCCACAGAAGCAGCCAUGACUGAAUACUGUAAUCCCAUCUCUUCCCUGUGGUUGCCGUACUUGCCAUACAUUUGACAUCAUGACUGCCUGCCUGUUACUGCCUUUCUGGCCUGUAGACGGAGAAGAUUGCCUCUUAAGAAUUGUGUUUUAGGCUUUUGGCCGGAAGAACAGUGUGUGAAGUGCCACAUGAAAAUCUCAUGAGACAACAAGGACAUUCAUCAAGUGAUUGAAAGACUGAGUGCCAAAAACCCUAAUCUCAGUCCAUUGGGUUAUUUCCCUCAGACAGCAACUGAUGGAGGACAAAUAAAUAGAAAAGCUUAUUUAUUGUUACAAUUAAAACCAAUGCAUUUUUGCUUUUGGCUUUCUUCAAGGUUUUUACAGAAGUGAACCAAAAUUAGGUUUUAUACAUUUCAAAAAAGCCUCUUAUGGACUCGGGGACCAAUCACAAUGAGAAAAGCUAAACAAAAUAUGAUGUGAUUAAAUAAGUAGCAGAAAUCAGACCAAUUGUCCUUGCCAUAUUACACUCAAUACAUACCACACACAAUACUUCUGUAAAAACCCAGAAGAAGGCCAAAAGGCAAAACACGUUGGUUUGACAAUAAAAAAGCUAUUUUGUUUACUUCACCAACCAAGAGUUGCUGAAUCUCCUUUCAACUUCAGUUUGCACCUCAAUUCAUGCACCUUAGUUGGCGAGAGAGGUAGCGGCAGUGUUCCCUUCCCUUCUUUCCCUCAGACAGAGUGCUGUGCCUAAUUUGUGUCCUAAACAAUAACAACAACCUUCGAGGAUGUUCUCAGCCUUCCAAAAUGUAGAUACACUACAUGGCCAAAUGUAUGUGGACACCUGUUCAUCGAAAUAUCUAAUUCCAAAAUCAUUGGCA